AUGGCCAGCUACUACAACACCACCUCCUCCUACGCUAGCCCCCCGGCUUUCAAGAGAUCUCGAAGCAUCAAGAGCGACCAUGAGAUCGAUCUCAACGGACCAAUUGAGGUUGUUGGAUCCGUCAAGUCUGGAAGCAGCAUCAGCCUGAACGGCGAUGUAAUUGUUCGAGAGAAGGUUGACGCCUAUGGAAGCCUUGGUCUGAACGGAAGCAUCAGAUGCGAUGGCAAGGUCAAGGCCUACGGAAACAUCUUGGUGAACGGAUACACCGUUGCCAACGACAAGAUCAAGGGCUGUGGAAAGCUCCGAGUCGUGGGAACACUCGAGGCCACAGACUUGGAGAUUUAUGGAAACGUGAGCAUUACAGGACUAUUGAAAUGCCGACGCCUUGUUGUCUACGGAACUCUGACAUUGAUCGGAAGCGACUCAAACUACUAUGUCACAGAGUCUGAGCAAGUGGCCGGAGCUGUCAUGAUGAGGGAGACCGAGCCAGACUGGGACUGGUAA